UUUGUGUCCACCAACAACGGCAACAACAUAACAAAAAAACUUUCCGGAUCCGGGUCCCAAGACGAACAAUCUUCAAUAUCAACGUUAUAAAUUAAAAUAUCGAAAUUACCCACCGGUUUCGUGUCGUUGUUUACUUAAUGUUUCACUCUGUCGUUUACGUCCACAGUCAACGAUCUCGAUUCCCCUGAUCCCAGAUGUCGUCCGUCUGAGGGUCAACAACGUCGUCACUUGAUGCACUAAACUCUCUGUUGUAUUGAUGUAUAACCGAGAAUCGUAGUCGUAGUAAUGGCUUCGCCGAGCUCUGGACCGCCCCUGAACACCCGUGUAGCUCCUCCGAUGAUUCCUCCACCGGCGUUCCCGCCGUCGACUCAGAUGGGCUUCACUCCGGGUGCCAUACCGCCCGGCUUCAUGGCUGCAGCACCGAUGGGUAUCGGACCACCAGGCAUGCCACCACCGUUCAUGCCUCCGUUUAACAUGAACAUGCCAGGAGAAAUUGUUGGAGCUCCAGUGUCUUUCAACAAAUCAAUUUCACAGUCAUCAAAUGAUGAAACUAAGCCUAUAAGUGAAUGGACUGAACAUAAGGCUCCAGAUGAUAGAUUAUAUUAUUAUAAUUCAGUAACCAAACAAAGCUCUUGGGAAAAACCAGAUGAGCUAAAGACAAAGACAGAGUUACUAUUAGACCAAUGUCCAUGGAAAGAAUACAAAUCAGAUACUGGUGCUACAUACUAUCAUAACAUUAAUACAAAAGAAGCAAGUUGGACCAUACCUCCAGAAUUAGAAGAGUUAAAAAUGAAAAUUGCCUCUGAACAAGGAAUAAUUCAAGCUCCUCUAAUACAGCAAUCAUUGGAAAUUCCAGUUGAUAGAGGAAUGGAUUCUAUAGAUGCUGGAUCAGCUAUGGAUCAAGCAAUGGCAGCUACUCUAGCGUCUAUAGCUGUUCCUGAUGAAAAUCGGCCGGCCAAUAAUGUAUCUGGUAAAGGAUUCAAAUCUAAAUUCCAAGCACAAGAAGUACCAAUUUUGAAAAAUAAACAAGAAUUAAUUGAAGCAUUUAAAGAACUUCUUAAAAAAAAAAAUAUUCCUAGUAAUGCGUCAUGGGAUCAAACUGUAAAAGUUAUUAGUCGUGAUCCACUUUAUCCUCAAGUAAAAAAGUUGAAUGAAAAAAGGCAGCUUUUUAAUGCUUAUAAGACUCAAAAACAAAAAGAUGAAAAAGAUGAACAUAGAUUAAAAGCUAAAAAGGCCAAAGAAGAUCUAGAGAAGUUUUUAAUGAAAAAUGAAGAUGUCACAUCAAAGACAAAGUACUAUAGACUAGAAGAAAAAUAUGAGCAUUUAGAUAUAUGGAGGAAUGUAUCUGAAAUUGAUCGUCGUGAUGUAUAUGAUGAUGUCAUGUUUAAUUUAGCCAAAAGAGAAAAAGAUGAAUCUAAAGUACAAAAAAAACGUAACAUGAAACAACUAGCAUCAGUAUUAGAUGCUAUGACAAUAGUUGAUCAUACUACAACUUGGUACCAAGUUCAAGAAAUGCUUCUUAAUAAUCAAAAUUUUGUAAAUGAUCCAAAAUUAUUAGGCAUGGAAAAAGAAGAUGCUCUUACAGUAUUCCAAGAUCACAUCCGAGAUUUAGAAAAAGAAGAAGAACAUGAUAAAGAAAGAGAAAGACGAAGAAGAAAACAACAAGAGCGAAAAAACCGUGACAACUUUGGUAUGUUUUUGGAAGAACUUCAUCAGCAAGGAAAAUUAACAUCGAUGUCAUUAUGGAAAGAGUUAUAUCCUAUUAUAAGUACAGAUGUUAGGUUUUCAGCUCUUCUCGGUCAACCUGGUUCUACAGCCUUAGAUCUUUUUAAAUUCUACGUAGAAGAUUUAAAAUCAAGGUUUCACGAAGAAAAAAAAAUUAUCAAAGAAAUACUCAAAGAAAACUCAUUUAUAAUUGAUGUGAAUACUACAUUUGAAGAGUUUGCUCGAGUAGUCUGCUUGGAUAAAAAAUCAGAAACUUUAGAUGCUGGCAAUGUGAAAUUGGCUUAUCAUGGUUUUAUUGAAAAAGCCGAAGGAAGAGAAAGAGAAAGAUUGCGAGAAGAAAAUAGGAGACAGCGGAAAUUAGAAACUGCAUUUCGUUCAUUGCUUAAAGAAAUGGAUGUGGACUAUAAAUCUAAUUGGGAUGAUGUGCGUGGACAAAUUGAGAACCACCAAGCCUUCCAAGCCAUAACUUUAGAAUCUGAAAGACUUCGUAUUUUUAAGGAAUUCCUUGUUGAUACUGAAGAAGUGUGCAACCAUCAUCAUUCUAAAAUGAAAAAAUCAAAGAAAAAUAAAAAACAUAAAAAGAAAUCUCGAUCAAAAUCAUUGGAAUCCACUGAUUCUGAAUAUAAGUAUAGAAAAAAGACCAAAGAGGAUUCACCUGACAUCAUGAGCGAUGGUGAGAACCGAAGGAGAAAAAAUAAGAAAUCGAAAAAAAAGAAGCAUUCUGAAAGUCCUGUAACGCGAUCUCGUUCUAGGUCAUCGAGUUUGAGGAGAUCCGAUUUAGAAGAUGUGAAAAAUAAGAAAAAUUCCAAAUCUGCCGAAUUGAGUGAUGACGAUUUAGAAGCUAAACGGAAAGCAUUGCUUGCUCAGUUGCAUGACGAAAUGAACUAAAUCAAUUUAUUUUGUUGUACAUAGUAACAUUGAUAAUAUGUUUUACAUUUUGAUUAUUUUAAUUUAUUUCUUGAAUAAAUUGUAAUGAUGGAAAACA